GUCCAGCGCCACGCGUUUCCGCUGGAGUCAGUGCUACUACACAGCCCAAGACGAAUGGGCCUUGGACAACAUCUACAUCGGACAGCAGUGUCCCAACAUGUGCAGUGGACACGGCUGGUGCGACCAUGGCGUUUGCAGGUGUGACUCGGGGUUUCAGGGUACUGAAUGUCAGCCUGAAAAUCCCCUUCCUUCGACUGUCAUGUCUGAUUUUGAGAACCCUGACAGCCUGAAGACAGAGUGGCAGGAAAUUAUUGGGGGAGAGAUAGUCAAGCCUGAAGAAGGCUGUGGGGUCAUCUCAUCUGGCUCCUCACUCUACUUCAACAAGGCUGGAAAAAGACAGUUGGUAAGCUGGGAUUUGGACACUACUUGGGUGGAUUUUGUGCAGUUUUACAUCCAGAUAGGAGGAGACAGUUCUUCAUGCAAUAAACCAGACAGCAGAGAAGAAGGUGUGCUGCUGCAGUACAGCAAUAAUGGCGGUAUCAACUGGCAGCUACUAGCAGAAAUGUAUUUCUCUGACUUCAGCAAACCCAGGUUUGUCUACCUGGAGCUGCCGGCUGCAGCUAAGACACCUUGCACAAGGUUUCGCUGGUGGCAGCCCGUGUUUUCAGGGGAAGGGUAUGAUCAGUGGGCCAUCGAUGACAUCAUCAUUUUGUCAGAGAAGCAGAAGCACAUCAUUCCCGUUGUUAAUCCCACUUUACCACAGAACUUUUAUGAAAAGCCAGCGUUUGAUUACCCUAUGAACCAGCUGAGCAUGUGGUUAAUGUUGGCCAAUGAAGGGAUGACGAAAAAUGAAAGUUUCUGCUCUGCCACCCCCUCCGCUAUGCUCUUUGGUAAAUCAGAUGGGGACCGGUUUGCAGUGACUCGAGAUUUAACUCUGAAGCCUGGAUACGUCCUGCAGUUCAAGCUAAACAUUGGUUGCACCAACCAGUACAGCAGCUCUGCUCCCGUUCUGCUUCAGUACUCGCACGACGCUGGGCUCUUCUGGUCGCUCGUGAAGGAGGGCUGCUACCCCGCAUCUCCGGGCACGAAAGGAUGCGAGGGAAGCUCCCGGGAGCUGAGUGAGCCGACCGUGUAUCACACGGGAGACUUUGAGGACUGGACAAGAAUUACAAUUGUUAUCCCCAGGUCACUUGCAGCCAGUAAGACUCGAUUCCGCUGGAUCCAGGAGAGCAGCUCCCACAAGAGUGUGCCUCCUUUUGGCUUAGACGGCGUUUACAUUUCUGAGCCUUGCCCCAGCUACUGCAACGGCCAUGGCGACUGCGUCUCGGGGGUCUGCUUCUGUGACCUGGGCUACACAGCAUCACAUGGAACCUGUGUGUCUAAUGUGCCUAAUCACAGUGAGAUGUUCGACAGGUUUGAAAGGAAGCUAAGCCCUCUCUGGUACAAGAUAACAGGAGGUCAGGUUGGGACAGGCUGUGGCGUGCUCAGCGACGGAAAAUCUCUGUACUUCAAUGGACCUGGCAAAAGGGAGGCGAGGACUGUUCCCCUGGACACCACAAAUAUCAGGCUAGUUCAAUUUUAUGUACAAAUUGGAAGCAAGGCUGUUGGUAACUCCUGCAACCGACCAAGAGCCAGGAAUGAAGGGCUUGUUGUUCAAUACACAAAUGACAACGGGAUCACCUGGCAUUUGCUGCGAGAGCUGGACUUCAUGUCAUACCUGGAACCCCAGGUUGUUUCCAUAGACUUACCUCGGGAGGCCAAAACCCCCGCCACCGCUUUCCGCUGGUGGCAGCCACAACAUGGGAAGCAUUCAGCUCAGUGGGCUUUGGAUGAUGUACUUAUAGGGAUGAAUGACAGCUCUCAGACUGGCUUCCAGGAUAAAUUUGAUGGAACUGUGGAUUUACAAGCAAGCUGGUACAGAAUACAAGGAGGUCAAGUAGACAUCGACUGCCUGUCUAUGGAUACAGCUCUGAUGUUCAGUGAAAACAUUGGAAAACCUCGUUAUGCCGAGACUUGGGACUUCCAUGUAUCAGCAUCCACUUUCUUGCAGUUUGAGCUGAGCAUGGGUUGCAGCAAGCCAUACAGCAAUUCCCACAGCAUUCACCUGCAGUAUUCUUUAAACAACGGGAGAGACUGGCACCUGGUGACAGAGGAGUGCGUCCCUCCAACCAUCGGCUGUCAGCACUACACCGAGAGCUCCAUCUACACCUCAGAAAGAUUCCAAAACUGGAAGAGAAUUACAGUCUACCUCCCACCCUCAACCAACUCUCCCAGAACACGAUUCAGAUGGAUUCAGUACAACUAUGCUUCUGGUGUUGAUUCUUGGGCUAUUGAUAAUGUGGUCCUGGCUACAGGGUGCCCCUGGAUGUGCUCAGGCCACGGCAUCUGUGAUGCAGGUCAUUGUGUGUGUGACAGAGGCUUUGGUGGUCCGUACUGUGUCCCUGUCAUUCCUCUGCCGUCUGUCCUGAAGGAUGAUUUCAAUGGUAACUUGCAUCCAGACCUUUGGCCUGAGGUCUACGGUGCUGAGAGGGGAAACCUGAAUGGUGACACCAUCAAGUCUGGAACAGCUCUCAUUUUUAAAGGGGAAGGACUGAGAAUGCUUGUUUCAAGAUAUCUAGACUGCACUAAUACCGUGUACAUCCAGUUUUCAUUUAAAUUUAUUGCCAAAGGCACGCCCGAGAGGUCUCAUUCCAUCCUGCUGCAAUAUUCUGUCAACGGUGGCAUCACUUGGCACCUGAUAGAUGAGUUUUACUUCACGCAGACUACAGACGUCCUCUUUAUUAACGUUCCUCUGCCCUAUGCAGCCCAAAGCAACGCAACGCGGUUCAGGCUCUGGCAACCUUACAACAACGGCAAAAAAGAAGAAAUCUGGAUUAUUGAUGACUUCAUUAUUGAUGGAAAUAACCUGAAGAAUCCCAUGAUCCUUUUGGAUACAUUUGAUUUUGGUCCCAAAGAGGACAACUGGUUUUUCUAUCCUGGUGGAAACAUUGGGCUUUAUUGCCCAUAUUCAUCUAAAGGAGCUCCGGAAGAAGAUUCAGCUAUGGUAUUUGUUUCAAAUGAAGUUGGAGAACAUUCCAUUACAACAAGGGAUCUGAGUGUAAACGAAAACACUAUAAUCCAAUUUGAGAUCAAUAUCGGCUGCACCACCGACAGCUCCUCUGCCGACCCGGUCAAGCUGGAGUUCUCACGAGAUCUGGGGGCGACCUGGCACCUCCUGCUCCCCUUGUGCUACAGCAGCAGCAGCCACCUCAGCUCCCUGUGCUCCACCGAGCAUCACCCCAGUAGCACUUACUACGCAGGCACCACCCAGGGCUGGAGAAGGGAGGUCAUUCACUUCGGAAAACUGCACCUCUGUGGGUUGGCAAGGUUCAGAUGGUACCAAGGAUUUUACCCUGCUGGAUCCCAGCCAGUGACUUGGGCCAUUGACAACGUGUACAUUGGCCCGCAGUGCGAGGAGAUGUGCAACGGCCACGGCAGCUGUAUCAACGGCACAAAGUGCAUCUGUGACCCCGGGUACUCUGGGCCAACCUGCAAAAUAAGUACCAAGAAUGCUGACUUCCUUAAGGAUGAUUUUGAAGGUCAGCUGGAGUCUGAUAGAUUCUUGCUUGUGAGUGGUGGAAAGCCAUCAAGGAAAUGCGGUAUCAUGUCUGGAGGAAACAACCUUUUCUUUAAUGAAGAAGGUUUACGUAUGCUGAUGACUCGAGACCUAGAUUUGUCACAAGCCAGAUUUGUGCAGUUCUUCAUGAGACUGGGAUGCGGCAAGGGUGUGCCAGACCCCAGGAGCCAACCUGUGCUUCUGCAGUAUUCGCUCAACGGGGGCCUCACGUGGAGCCUUCUCCAGGAGUUCCUCUUCAGUAACUCCAGCAACGUGGGACGAUACAUCGCCCUAGAAAUUCCCUUGAAGGCCCGUUCCAGCUCCACUCGGCUUCGCUGGUGGCAACCAUCCGAGAACGGGCAUUUCUACAGUCCCUGGGUAAUCGACCAGAUUCUUAUUGGAGGAAACAUCUCUGGCAAUACAGUAUUAGAAGAUGAUUUCACCACACUGGAUAGUAGAAAGUGGCUGCUCCAUCCUGGUGGAACAAAGAUGCCAGUCUGUGGCUCCACUGGGGAUGCUCUAGUGUUCAUUGAGAAAGCUAGCACGCGCUACGUUGUCACCACUGACAUUGUUGUCAACGAAGACUCUUUCUUGCAAAUAGAUUUUGCAGCAUCCUGCUCUGUCACGGACUCCUGCUAUGCUAUUGAACUGGAAUACUCAGUGGACCUUGGACUGACCUGGCACCCAAUUUUGAGAGACUGUCUCCCCACUAAUGUGGAAUGCAACAAGUACCAUCUCCAGAGGAUUCUCAUUUCGGACACUUUCAACAAGUGGACCCGGAUUACUUUGCCUCUGCCUCCAUAUACUAGGUCUCAAGCAACUCGUUUCCGCUGGCACCAGCCUGCUCCUUUCGACAAGCAGCAAACGUGGGCAAUCGACAACGUCUACAUUGGGGAUGGCUGCAUCGACAUGUGCAGCGGCCAUGGGAAGUGCACACAAGACAACUGCAUCUGCGAUGAGCACUGGGGUGGGCUGUACUGUGACGAGCCAGAGACCCCCCUUCCGAUGCAACUGAAAGAUAACUUCAAUCGCUCGCCGUCGAACCAGAACUGGCUGACAGUGAACGGGGGCAAACUGAGCACCGUCUGCGGGGCGGUAGCCUCUGGGAUGGCUCUUCACUUCAGCGGGGGCUGCAGCCGUAUGUUAGUUACAGUGGACUUGAACCUCACCAGUGCAGAAUUCAUCCAGUUUUAUUUCAUGUAUGGAUGUCUGAUAACUCCUAAUAACCGCAACCAAGGAGUGCUGCUGGAGUAUUCUGUGAAUGGUGGAAUCACCUGGAGUCUCUUAAUGGAAAUUUUCUAUGAUCAAUUCAGCAAGCCCGGCUUUGUAAACAUCCUCCUUCCCUAUGACGCCAAAACCAUUGGGACACGCUUCCGCUGGUGGCAGCCUAAACACGAUGGCCUGGACCAGAACGACUGGGCUAUUGACAACGUGUUGAUCUCUGGCUCAGCUGACCAGAGGACGGUGAUGCUCGACACCUUCAGCAGCGCUCCCCUGCCACAGCAUGAGCGCUCCCCUGCCGACGCAGGGCCCACCGGGAGGAUUGCCUUCGACAUGUUCAUGGAAGACAAAACUACAGUGAAUGAACACUGGUUAUUCCAUGACGAUUGCUCAAUUGAGAGGUUUUGUGAUUCUCCUGACGGUGUCAUGAUCUGUGGGAGCCAUGAUGGCAGAGAGGUCUACGCCGUCACCCAUGACCUGACUCCUACAGAAGGCUGGAUUAUGCAGUUCAAGGUUUCUGUUGGAUGUAAAACCUCAGAAAAACUUGCACAAAAUCAGGUCCAUGUGCAGUAUUCCACUGACUUUGGCGUUAGCUGGAGUUACUUAGUACCUCAGUGUUUACCAGCUGAUCCAAAAUGCUCUGGGAGUGUUUCACAGCCAUCUGUCUUCUUUCCCACAAAAGGGUGGAAAAGAGUAACUUACUCACUGCCUGAAAACCUUGUGGGCAAUCCUGUGAGGUUUCGCUUCUACCAGAAAUACUCAGACAUGCAGUGGGCCAUCGAUAAUUUCUAUCUGGGCCCUGGUUGUCUGGAAAACUGUAGAGGUCAUGGAGACUGUCUGAAUGAGCAAUGCAUCUGCGAUCCCGGGUAUUCGGGUCCAAACUGCUAUCUGACCCAAACACUGAAG